UACAGAUCUUUUUGAUAUCUUUUAUUAUCAUUUAUAAUUUCAACUCAUAAUUCUUCAUAAUGGGUUACUUGGAAUAUACUUUACCACCUGUGGUAAUCUUAUCUGUUGCAUUAGCUAUUAGACAAUAUUAUUCAUCAAGCCAGAGAAAAAAGGCCGCGGUUGAUUCUAAAAAAGGUUCCGAAAAAAAGGGUUACUAUGCAGCUGAAGAUGAACCAAUACCUGAACCAACCCCAUUAAUGAUAACCCCAGAACAAGUCAAAAGUUAUGAUGAUAGACCAUGGAGACCAUUUAGAUGGCCAUACCAUCAAACAAUGUCAAUUUUUAAAUUAGAUGUUAAUCACUGGUUAGAUAUGGACAAAUUCUAUUGGCAUUACAUUCAAGAAAAAGAAAGAAUUUAUCAUGAAUAUGGUGAUCAAAAUAUUGGUUGGUUACCAGAAAGUUGGGAUGCUUGUGUUGAAUUAAUGGAAAUUGUUAGAGACCAUAUGGUUAAAAGAUACCCUUUAUUAUUCACUAAAGUUGACGGUUCAAAUAAAAUUAUUAAAAAUGAAUUAACUGGUGAAACCUUGGAUACAACUUUCCCAUUAAAGGAACACCCAUUGGUUUAUGUAUCCAAAAUGGCAAAGGAAGAUUUCUAUAUUGUUCUUAAAAGAGAUGACGGUAGACAUUAUAUGGUUGCAGGUGCGGUUCCAUUCCCAGGUGGUUCAUUUGCUAUUAAAGAUAAAAUUGGUAAACAUAUUGAUCAAAUUCAUAGUGAUGUGCCAUACUAUGAAACAAAGUUAAAGAGAUCAAUGGAAAGAUGGUUUGAGAGAAUGCAACCAUCAGAAUUGGUUGAAAGAGCAUCUUGGUAUAUGACUUGGGAUAGAAAAUUAAUGUGUAGUAAUGUUUAUGCAUUAAAAGCAGAUGAAAAAAUUGAUUCAGAUAUCCCACCAACUGAAUUUAAUUUCAGGGUAGAAAGACAAACUUUGAGAAGAUUACCAAGAUCAAAAGCAAUUAUUUUCACUAAUCAUCCAGUCUACUAUGGUAUCGAAGAAGUUAAAGAUGAACCAUUAAUUCCAUCAUUAAUUAAAAAAAUAAUCUUUGAAGGUCCAGAAGAUAUUAUUAAAUAUAAAAACUUUGAAAGUUUCAGAGAUCAUGCUGCGCCAUAUUUGGAUUCAUUGAUUCAAAGACAAAUUGAUUUGGGAAUAAUCAAAGAAGAUACACCAAUAAAAACAUUGGAUACUUAUCCAUUUGCGCAUUUUGUUAAAGAUGCUCAGCCAGAUGGCUGGAAAAGUCCUCAUGAAUCAGCAAAGGAAUAUCAAAAGAAUCUUGAUCCAAAAAAAUUUGAAGUUUGAAAAUAUCAAUUUUAUUAUUAUUAUUAUUAUUAUUAUUAUCAUUAUUAUUGCUAUUAUGAAAAGAGCAUUUUGAAAUAAAUGCAGAUUAAUUUUUUAUUAUUCAUUGAUGUUUUGGUUUUUUUUAUUUUUU